GUACUUCUCAGUUCGUACAUACGAUUCAUAGGGUACAGAAAAUGCAGCCAACAUUCCAUGGUUUCAUUGUUCUGCCCUGGAUUUCGGAAUGUGGUUCCUGAGCUAAGUUAAGAAUUACGUACUGUUACGACAGGCACUCCCCCAAAAUCCCUUGUCCGUCUGGAGAACCCCUAGCCAGCCCUGCCAGCCAAACAGGUUCUUAAUUCCGGGACACACCUGCACUCCAAAGGAGCGGGAGUGUAAGGGAAGGGACCCUUUUUGCUCAGCUGACACUGGGGAAGGAUCCGACAAGCCUUGCGAAGAUUCAGCACCGUCAGCCCAAGUCCUGUACCUCGACGCACUUCUUCCCUCUCAAGAAACCUGCAACAUUCCCCGACGACUGAACCUUCGCGCUCCGCGACAAUCAAGUUUCUCAAUCUGCUCUGCAACCGAUGAGUUACAACUAGGUGUGCCGACAUGAAAUGGGCGAUAGCAUCAAGCGCUGCAGUGCUGCAGCUUCUUGCAGCGACGGGAGCAAAUGCCCAGGCGGCCAAGUUGCAGGUCGAUCUUGACUCAGCUGACUCGAUCAAGUCGGCCGCGAAACUCGUCGCCGCCAACCUCAUGUCAUACUACCACGGAGACGAACCGGGCCAGACCCCGGGUAUCCUUCCCGGUCCGCCUCCGGGAGGUCCAUACUACUGGUGGCAGGCCGGCGCCAUGUGGGGAACAUUGAUUGACUACUGGUACUACACGGGGGACUCGACAUACAAUGACCAGGCUAUAUAUGCCAUGGUAUUUCAGGCCGAGCCGCCCUUGAACAGCUACAUGCCGGCAAACUGGACGCUGUCGCUUGGCAAUGACGAUCAGGGGUUCUGGGGCAUGUCCGCCAUGCUCGCCGCCGAGGUCAACUUCCCCAAUCCGCCCGAGGAUCAACCGCAGUGGUUAGCCUUGGCCCAAGCUGUCUUCAACACGCAGACCGGACGCUGGAAUACGCAGGAGUGCAACGGUGGUCUGAACUGGCAGAUCCCCCACACCAACGGUGGAUACAACUACAAGAACACCAUCGCAAACGUCGUCUAUUUCAACAUUGCCGCCCGCUUGGCCCGGUACACCCAGAACGACACGUACGCGCAGUGGGCUGACCGCGCAUGGGACUGGACUGAAGGUGUCGGUUAUAUUACCGAGGAUUACAACGUCCUUGACGGCGGCCAUAUCGAGGCCAACUGCACCGACAUCAAUCCGGUGCAGUUCUCCGCUAAUGCAGCCGUGCUGCUGCAUGGCGUGGCCGUCAUGUACAACUACACUAACGGCGACCAAAAAUGGCGCCAACGGAUUGACGGGCUUCUGAACAGAACGAUCGAGCACUUCUUCCCCAACGGGAUCAUGAUCGAGCGGGCAUGCGAGCUCGAAGACCGAGUGCAGUGCAAUGUCGACCAGCACUCGUUCAAGGGAUAUAUGCACCGUUCCCUGGCGACCGUGGGCGUCCUCGUGCCCGACACGCGGCCUAUCGUCGAACGGGUACUCCGCUCGUCUACCGAAGGCUGCGUCUCGUCCUGCCUGGCCGACGGCACCUGCGGGUUCCGCUGGAACACGGGCGAGUACGACGGUGACAAGGCCAAUGGGCCUGCGGGGCAGGAAAUGAGCGCCCUUGCGGCCCUGUCCACCCUGCUCCUCGAGCAGCAACACGUACUACAGGGCCCGCUGACCAACACUACCGGCGGCACCAGCAGGGGCGAUCCUAAUGCCGGUGGGGAUCCGAACGUACUGCAGCCACCGAGGCCGAUUACCACGGGAGACAAGGCCGGCGCGGGAGUGGUCACGGCCGUGGUGCUGGCUUCGUUUCUGGGCGGGCUGGUGUGGAUGGGUACAGGCUGGUCAGAGAGUAUUUGAAUCAGCUGUCUCGCGUUUCCUCGGGUUUUCAGCAUAAGAAACAGUCGAGCGGAGGGAUUAUUUGGCGGUUUUGCUCAGUCAAGUUGGUUGGCUUUUACAUCCUUGUUUGUGAAUGGCGUUGGGAGUACUCUGUGGUGGCAACGUUGUCAUAACGCAUCCUGCUUCUCUGGUAUCGUCUUGGGAUCAACAUCUGCGAAGGUACGGCGUUCUAGGGUUUUGAGAGACGCGGCCAAGUGAUCUUAUCAGGCAUGCAUACAGGGAUAAAAUCAAACACAAUUCCAUCUUCAAUAUCCUGCAACUGGUUGUCAAGGGUUCAUUCCUUUAUGUGCUCGCUUGUUUUAUCCCACAUGGCAUCUUCCGUAUUGCGGGUGGCUCGAGGGUUCCAGCUCGGUGAUUUAUGCCAAACCAUACAGAGUCCGGGUGCUACUUGUACGCAAGUGGUCCAUGAGGAGACUGCUGACUGUUACAUGUAUGUGAUGUUAAAC